CACACUCUCUCUCUCUCUCUGCAACUCACUCUUUCACAGUUUCACUGUACACUGUCCAUGGCGUUCGCCUUCCUCUCUUCUCCGCAUCUUCUCACUGCUCAACCUCCCUUUCUCUCUCCAAAACGCCACCACAGCUUCCUCAAACCCCGCCCUCUCUCUCUCCCCUCCCGCCCACUCCCUCUCUCCGCAAUUGGCCCCGACGGCAAGUUCUACCCCGACCCCGCCGACGACGACCCUCCCGAAGUCCCCGAGGACGCCGGCCAUGGCGUCUCCAAGUUCCAGCAGAUCGAACGCCAGGCCUCCCGCGCCCGCAAGCUCGAGGAGGAGGAGUUCAAGAAGCACCAGUCCACUUUCCUCUCCGCCAUCGCCGACGUCGAGGACCCGCCCGAAACCCCUAGGUCCAUCUACGACGAGAGCUCCGGCGGCGAUUUGUUCGGCGAGAUCGAUAAAGCCAUCGCCUUGAAGCGCAAGGAGUUCGUCAAGCAGGGCCUUUUGAAGCCGAAUCCGAAGAAAGAGGACGUUGAGGUAAUCGGCGAGUUGGACCCCGAGGAGGUCGAUGAUUUGGAGGAGAUUGACGAGCUUCAGGGACUUACAGUCGGUUCCGACGAUGCGGAUUCCGAUGAUUCGGAGAAUUUCGACGACGAGGUUGGUGAAUUCAGUUCUAAUGAUCGUAAUUCGUCUUUUGGUUCUUCGUUUGAUUUGGAUUUCGAUAGUUAUGACAAAUCUAUGGCUAGAAUUGUUGAGCCUAAGUUUAAGAUUAGCUUGGCUGAGCUUUUGGACGAGAGCAAGGUUGUGCCUGUGUCUGUUUAUGGUGAUUUGGAGGUGGAGAUAACUGGGAUUCAACACGAUUCUAGGUUGGUUAGCUCGGGGGAUUUGUUUGUGUGCUGUGUUGGGCGAAAAACUGACGGGCAUUUGUAUUUGAGUGAGGCUGAUAAGAGAGGGGCUGUGGCUGUUGUGGCUAGUAAGGAGAUAGACAUAGAGGAGACCUUGGGUUGUAAGGCGUUGGUGAUUGUGGAAGACACCAGUGCGGUGCUUCCCACGUUGGCGGCGGCAUUUUAUAGGUUUCCGUCGAAGAAUAUGGCGGUGAUUGGGAUAACUGGGACUAACGGCAAAACGACCACCACUUAUUUGAUUAAAAGCAUGUAUGAAUCAAUGGGGUUGAGGACCGGGAUGUUGAGCACGGUUGCGUAUUAUGUGCAUGGGGACAACAAGUUGGAGUCUCCGAACACGACGCCAGAUGCUGUUUUGGUUCAGAACUUGAUGGCAAAGAUGCUGCAUAAUGGAGCUGAAGCGGUUGUCAUGGAGGCUUCUUCGCAUGGGUUAGCUCUUGGGAGGUGCAAUGAAGUUGAUUUUGAUAUAGCGGUCUUCACGAAUUUGACAAGAGACCAUUUGGAUUUUCACGGGUCUGAAGAGGAGUAUAGGGAUGCUAAGGCAAAAUUGUUUGCGAGAAUGGUGGAUCCAGAACGACAUAGGAAAGUUGUUAAUAUCGAUGACCCAAAUGCAUCUUUUUUCAUUGCACAGGGGAAUCUGGAUGUUCCAGUCAUAACUUAUGCGAUAGAUUAUAAGAAAGCGGAUGUGCAUCCUCUUAAGUUUGAACUCUCCCUCUUUGAGACACAGGUUUUGGUUAACACCCCUCAAGGUAUAUUGGAGAUAUCAUCAGGUUUGCUUGGAAGGCAUAACAUUUACAACAUUCUGGCUGCUGUGGCAGUUGGGAUUGCGGUUGGGGCACCUUUGGAGAACAUUGUUAGAGGGAUUGAGGAGGUUGAUGCGGUUCCGGGAAGGUGUGAGUUAAUAGAUGAGGAACAGGCAUUUGGGGUGAUAGUAGACUAUGCUCACACUCCUGACGCCUUGUCUAGAUUACUGGAUUCCGUAAGGGAGCUAGGAGCAAGGAGGAUUAUCACUGUUAUUGGUUGCGGUGGCGAGAGGGACAGAGGGAAAAGACCCAUGAUGGGAAAGAUAGCAACUGAUAAGAGUGAUGUCACGAUUCUGACAUCUGACAAUUCAAGGAAUGAGGAUCCCUUGGACAUCUUGGAUGAUAUGUUGGCUGGCGUAGGAUGGACAAUGCAGGAAUAUUUGAAAUAUGGAGAGAACGAUUACUACCCUCCUCUUCCCAAUGGUCAUAGACUUUUCCUUCAUGAUAUUAGAAGAGUUGCUGUGCGCUGUGCUGUGGCCAUGGGCGAGGAAGGUGAUGUGGUUGUGAUUGCUGGCAAAGGUCAUGAGACAUAUGAGAUAGAAGGUGAUAAAAAGGAGUUCUUUGAUGAUCGAGAAGAGUGCCGAGAGGCAUUGCAGUAUGUCGAUGAGCUUCACCAAGCUGGAAUAGAUACUAGUGAAUUCCCAUGGCGGUUACCGGAGAGUCAUUAAGACAUUUGAAAAGGAACGUAGGAAAUUGAGGCUACCUGAAGAAGCAAUACUAGUGCAUUAUGCUGAUGAUUGCAUUAUGUGCGGGAGAUUCGUUUAUUCUUUCCAACAGUUUGAAAUCUGAGAACCAUGCAGGUUUCUGUUGGUUUGUUGCACGCAUGAUGUAGUUUAUGCAAAGGCACUUGUUAAUGGCUCCUUGGAUAGGGAACGGUUGGUUUAUCUUUGUCCUCUGAAGCAUAGAAAGCUGAAGCUUUUGAGUUUUGACCUUACGAGUUAGAAGGUACAAUUUUGUACGCACGUAUACGUAGGAUUGUAUUGCUAUGUAAACUGAAUACUCAGUGAGAGAGAGCUAAUGUGGUACGUUUCCAAUUGGUCAAUCCAAUUCUUAAAUACUGUAAUUAAAUAAUAUAUUGCGUUUACAUUCACGUCUAAAGGUAAAGAUAGAGCAGUUCAUGUUUCUAUGAACGUGUUAAGUAUUAACUUAAUGGACGAACA